AUGGAUGCUGAAAGUCGGAAAACCGAUUGCCUGACGACUGUCAGCAGGACGGAUCCAUUCUUGAAGCACCGUUGGUUGACUCUGCAGCUGCCAAGUCCACGUCUCGCCCGAUUAAGUCAGAAAAAACGACUAAGACAAACUAUUGGCGUGUUUCAAAUGAUGGAAGGUUUUACCAGAGUGCCAAACACCCAUCUCUUCACAUGUGACACAUGCGGGCUUCGUCGAAUGUCCGAAAAACGAAUCCGAAUCCAUCGUUCUUUGGAGUCGCAUCAGAGGAAACUGACUCAGGCAAGAUCUCGGAACCAUCGGAAUCGACAAACUAGUACGAUCCAUGCAACUGUAACUGAACCUAGCACACCAAUCCAAGAAGAGGACCCUCGUUCAGACGGAAUGGACAACCACAAUCGAGAUAAUGAGGUUAUGGAAGACGAGAUGGAAAACCCUGUCGACGUGGCCAAUGGCAAUCAAGAAGCGCAGGAAGUCCACGCACGUGAAUUAAGAAGAGCUUUAGAUUUGAUUCGAGGGAUGACUUCGGAGGAUUUCUUUGAUCUCACGGAGGAGCGAGCCGGUGUUCCAGAAGAGUAUGAUCGAAUGGAUUGGCUUUAUGACGAGAUGGACGCUGAAUGCAUGGAUGGACCGGGAGAGCAUCCAAAUGAUGACGACGAAGACGAUGAGGCAAAUUCAACCAACGAUAACGAGUGGUACCCUUUCAAAAAUAAGAUGGAACUUGUUGGAUCCCUUUUGAUUGGAUAUACUCGACACAUUCUUUCACGGGAUGUCUUUGACGAAAUUCGCGUGAUUUUUCGUAUACUCUGCCAGAUCAAAAUUCCAGCCUGGUCCACCAUUCGCCGGGCACAGGAACGGAUCCGCAAGCAUCUGGAAAUGGAAGUCCAAUUUUCCAACAGUGUCUGGGGCACGCCGUGUGCUUCUGUUGGCAUUAAAAAAAUCCUGAAAAAUGAACUUGCCAACCCGCUUGUGGCGCCACAUUUGGAAUUUUAUCCCCAAGAGUCCAAUGGUUGUGGUAUUUUCAAAUUAAGCCAAUCUCAAAAAUGGCUGAAAUAUCUUCCCAAGGAAUUCCGGCCUCAGAUGUGUACAAACAAUGACCACCAUUUCUACAUUUUUGAGCCUAUGCAAACCUUUGAAAAUUUAAUUGCUGUGCCAAUUUUCUUCUACACAAUCAACCUUCAACUAUAUUCCAAGUGCUAUGUUCCCCAAAUCACCUUUCUCAAUCAAGAAGCAGUCAGAUUAUUCAUUCCUCCUGACAUAUCUUUCAAUGAUCCAAAUCUACUCAGCAUCCCAGUAAAUCAGUUCAAAAAUGAUCAUUCUCACCUAUCUUUUGGCAGUAGUACCCAUUCAUCAAACAUUUCUACCAUCCAAUUGUUUGAGACCAACAUUGGCGAUCUUCCCUGCACCAAAGUUAACCUCCCAAACCCUUGGCGCAUCAAGGCUAAUGCCGAUUCCCCUAUGCACGCCGAAAUCACCGCCACCCCCAACCCUGGGACAUCUCUGAAUCCCUGUCGAAUGUGCAAUUUACACGCCCCAUCAAAGCUAGACAAACGAUCACUAUCCUAUUUACUACAAUUUUUGCAGCUGGACUCCGAUGGAUUUCAUUCUCCCAACGUGCCACGCCAGUGGGAAAAAACCAUCGAGAACACAUACAACCUGUUCAACACGUACCUCACGGUUAACAUCACCGAAGUGAAGCGUUUGCGGCUUAUCUAUGGCGUUACCGAUUCGAUUAACAAUAAAUUUAUUGAUGGGAUCAGGAGCAAGUCACCAGUUGUGACAAAGAAGGCCGGUGAACUUAUUAAAACCGAUCCAACAGAUAUGUUCAAUCCUUUCUUCAAGUUUCAAGGCUUCAAUGGCUGCACAGAUACUCCAGUUGAGAUCUUGCAUGUAUUCUUGCUUGGUGUUGUGAAGUAUCUCAUCAGGGAUUUCAUGCAGCGGCUCAAGAAAGGUAAAAAUAAGAAGAAACUCGCGGAAUUGACUGGCCGAUUGCAAUCUUUCAAUACCAGUUCAUUGAACAUACCUCUUCUUAAACCAUUUUACCUCAUAAAUCAUUCAAAAUCUUUGGUCGGUAAAGAUUUCAAAAUUUUUCUUCAGGCUGUGCCAUUCAUCUUCUUCCCCCUCAUGGAUCAAGAAGAGAGAUCCCUCUGGCUUGCCCUUUGUCGACUCUCAUCAUACAUCUUCCAAACACACAUCAGCCACAUGGAAUCCUAUCUAUACGAGUUGAAGCAACAUAUUCAGAUCUUCAUGUCACAUCUGAUCAAAUUCACGGCUCAAUGGAUUAAUAAACCAAAAUUUCACAUGCUAUUUCACCUUCCGGAAUCCAUCGAACGAUUUGGUGUCGCACCCCUUUUUGCCACUGAGAAAUUCGAGUCCUUCAACGGUGUUCUUCGAAAUGCAUCUACACACUCCAACAAGCAAGCUCCCGGACGAGAUAUUGCCAACAGCUUUUCUAAUUAUCAGUGUUUGCGCUUUCUCUUGUCAGGGGGGAUCAUGUACAACAAAAUCACCAAGACAAUCUCCCAAUCGGUCAAUAUUGAGUGA